AUGCAUUGCUUUUUUGCUGAGCUGGAGCCUUCUAUCCCCGUCACGGAACAAAACCUGGUAGACCGAGUUCGGUACAUAAUGCGCUCGAAAAUAUUUAAUGAUGCCGAACUCGAACGACUACGAUGUGAGGCUAUUCCAUCGUCGAAUGAAUCGGCUAUGGCUGGAGAUGCAGCUCCACAUCCGACAGACCAGCAUCCACACGUGGAAGCCGCCAUGGAUCUUCCAGUUGUGGUUGAUUCGAACGACGAUGAAAUAGUCUCCCACGAACUAGAGCAAAUGAGGAGUAUAUUGGAAGAGGCGAUUAUGGAAACGCGCAGCACCCCUCUCGAAAAUCGACCGCGACUUCCCCCGCAUACCCCUAAGCAAAGGAAAUCGGGCUGUCGUGAGGCCUCUUAA